AUGGCAGCCCCUCAGUCCCCAGGUUCUUCGCACGAGCAGCGGCCGGCGCGUGAGCUAGGCUGGCAGGAGCUGUUACCCGUAAGGGGCCGUUGUCACAUUGAUGCUCACGAAGGGCUACGACAACAGAACAUUUGGCUGUUGCAGCAGCAGCAAGCGCAAGAGCUGCAGCAACGGCACCAACAGGUGAAGGUAGCUCUUCAACGCGAAUUGCUGCUCCACCAGCAACAACAAUAUGGGAUGCGGCAGCUGUUGCAUAAGGUGACAGAACAUUCGCUGCUUUCAGCAGCUGAACUUCCUGCCAACGUCUUGAACGCCGUGCUCUCACUCCUGCUGCGGCAGCUGCAUACAGCUGCAGCCGCAGCAGGCCAGCACCCAGCAGCAAGCGCACUGCUGCAACUUUUCUCUCGAGACCUAUUUGCUCUCAGCAGUCGCGGUACGCAGGGAGAAUCGCAUGAAGAUAGCAGCACUAGUAGCGGCAGCAGCGGGCAGCCUGAUGGAAACGCCAACGCAGGCGACCGCAACAGCAAAGGGGAAGACAGUGGCAAGAGUAGUAGCAACAAGGGAAUUAACAGUACCAGCAGCACUGGAAACGAUGGCGGAGGGAACAGCACCAGGGGUCCUCGUGGUCCAGGAAAGUCAGCAGCCCCUGGAAAUAGCACAAGGCGGGUGCCCCUGGGGUUCGAAGCUUUUUAUCCUAAGGAUGCCUUGAAACGGAGAGAAGGCAGUAGCAGCAGUAACAACAACGGCAGCGGCCGGCUGCCAUUUGUUCCUCUAACCGGCGGGGCCCUGCAGCAUCUGCUGCUGCGUAUGUGCAUCUGGUUGGGCAUCUGGGUUUUUGCUUUGUCGUUGCUGUCGAGAGUCGUGGAGCCUCAGCUGUCACUGCAGGAGUUUCUUAGUUUGUAUGUCGCUCGAGGCUUGGUAGAGAAGGUCGUUGUUGUUGGGGAGAGGGGCCGAUGCACUGCUAUUGUAAGAGCUUCCCCGACACCAGAACAGCUGCAGGCGAUGGAGCAGCAAAUGCAGUAUCAAAUGGUGCUGUACACGCAGCAGCAGCAGCAAAUGCAACAACAGCUGCAGUUGCAGGAGGCAAUGGCCAUGCCGCCAUACCAGCAGCAACAACAGCCUUACAGUAUGCAGCAGCACCUUCAGCAGCAACACCAGUUUUCGUCGCUACCGCCACUGCAGCAGCCCAAGCUGACGGACAUGCUGCCUAAGAAACAGAUUGUCAGGUUCAAGACGGGCCUUACACCCGAAAGCUUCAUUGAAAAAAUGGAGCACUUCCAGGCGUCGCUCGGAAUACACCCGAAAGACUUUCUCCCUAUUUACGUCGAAGAGGGAUGGAAUUUUAGUCUUGGGGAUUUGCUCGCCUCCGCGUUCUUCUUUUUAAUCAUGGCCACCAUAGCCAGAGAUUUCCUUAUGGGAGGAGCUGUCAACCGAGGCGGGAGUGCAAGCGGUCUGAACCGUCUGUUGGGCAAUAGUAGCUCUAAGAGAGCUCGCAUUAAGCCAGACACAGUGAAAGUUCGUUUCGCUGACGUUGCGGGUUUGCAUGAGGCCAAGCGAGAAAUUACAGAGUUUGUUUCCUUCCUCAAAAACCCCGCAGCAUUUCAGAAAAUGGGUGCGAAGCUGCCGAAGGGAGCUUUAUUAGUUGGACCCCCUGGUACCGGCAAAACGUUGCUCGCUAAGGCAGUUGCAGGAGAGGCUGGAGUUCCAUUUUUUUCCAUUAGCGGCUCGGAUUUCGUCGAGUUGUUUGUGGGAGUUGGAGCAUCGAGAGUCCGGGAACUUUUUGAUGAAGCCAGGAAGGCAGCGCCUUCCAUCAUAUGGAUAGACGAAAUAGAUAGCGUCGGUGCCAGCCGCAGCACGCAGUUCGCGAAUAGCGAAAGGGAACAAACCCUGAAUCAGCUGCUUGUGGAGAUGGAUGGUUUUUCACCGCAUGAGUCGGUUGUCGUCUUGGCAGGCACAAAUAGAGAGGACCUUCUAGAUGCCGCACUGAAGCGAGCUGGACGGUUCGAUCGUAGGGUGGUUAUCAACAGGCCAGACGUUAAGGAGAGGGCAGAGAUAUUUAAGGUCCACCUCCAGCCGUUAAGGUUGUCUCCUAGGGUCGAUGCAAAUGCGCUUGCGGAGAGAAUGGCUGCACUCACUCCGGGCAUGUAUCCGUGCACCCAUCUGCCCGUGUGUCAGAAAAAGACGAUUGCACUUCACGAGGCAGGACACGCUGUGGCUGGAUGGUUCUUGAAGCACGCAGGUGGGGUGGGGUCUUUGGAACAUCCUGUACUUUUUUUGGCUUCCCUUCUCAGUGAUGCACCUGCGCUGGCUUGCAUGGACGUAGUGCUCAAGUUGACGGUCAUCCCCAGAGACAGCGGAGCCAUGGGAUUUAGUCAGCAGAUGCCGCCUCCAGUGGAGCUUUAUGAGAAGGAUGCCCUCUUAGACAGGAUUGCCGUCUGUCUUGCUGGGAGAGCGGCUGAGGAGCUUUUUAUGGGAUGCAUAUCCAGCGGUGCCGUUGAUGACAUUGAAAAGGCUACUCACCUUGCCCGUUUAAUAAUUAUGCAACUAGGAAUGAACCCGAAAAUCGGCUUGGUCAACUUGAAGCGAACUCGACAAAGCCCGCAGGAUCCUUAUCAGCUUUUCUCAGAUGCCACAGCGCAGCUUGUGGAUGAUGAAGUUCGCAAUUUGAUUAGCAAUCAGUACGAGCGAGUGAAGGCUCUCCUAAAGGAAAAAGAAAAGGAAAUGAAUGCCUUGAGUGCGUUGCUUCUUGAGAAGGAGACUCUAACAUUUGCGGAUCUCCAGGAUUGCUUGGGCACAAGGCCGUUCCCGCCCGAUGCUCAACUGGCUGCAUACAUAAACGCUCUCCCUACGAAGGUGAAUACUGUGGGGCAGGAAGAGCCCGGUGUGGAAAGGGCUUCCGGGGACCUCAGGAGAAUCCCGACAGCAAUCAGUGGAGAUAGAAACGUCCGCGAUGAAAAGGGCAGCACUAGCGACAAGGACGCUGCAGCAGACGGACACAGCAUGCAGCAACGGAAACAGAGUAUCAAGGACACAGAAGGGUCUAAUGGUGACGACAAAGAACCUACUGACGCUGGAAAGAAUGGUGGAAAGGGCAAGAAAAAAAGGAAUGGCAAAGGCAAUGCUGCUGAUGAUGAUGAUGAUGAUAAUGAUGAUGAUGAUGAUGAUAGAAAUGGGAACAACUCAAAGCGCGGACCGAGAAGAAAACUGUUUGGGGGAGAUGACGAUUCUUGCCUGCCUGAGUUGCUGCGGAAAAACCUCAAACCUGACACCCCAACACCUUCAGCUGCAGCCAAAAAGACCGACUUGGUCCACACACAAUGA